UGGCGGUGCGAUUGGUCAUCAUCCACCAUGAAGAUCAAUAAGAUGGUAACGGAGUCCCGGCGUAAAAACCGGCAACGAUACUUCAGCGCCCCUUCCCAUAUCAAGAGAAAGUUUAUGUCUAGCCCCCUAUCAAAGGAACUGCGUCAGAAGUACAAUGUCCGUGCCAUGCCAAUUCGCAAAGAUGACGAAGUACAGGUUGUGCGCGGUCAUUACAAAGGACAACAGGUUGGCAAAGUAGUCACUGUUUAUCGCAAGAAGCUCUGCAUCUACAUUGAGAGAAUUCAGCGUGAAAAGGCCAACGGUGCAUCAGUCUAUGUUGGCAUCCACCCUUCAAAAGUCUGUAUUGUUAAGCUGAAGAUGACAAAGUCCCGCAAGAGGAUACUGGAAAACAAAGCUGCUGGUCGGGCUGCAGCUCAGGGCAAAGACAAGGAGAAGUUCACUGCUAUGGACACCUCAUCUUAAAUACAGAUCUUGUGAUUAAUA